GCUCAGUGAGUACUGGGUAUGUGUCACACUGCCAAAUCCCCAAUCACAAGUCUCCAUGAACUGGCGGUGAGCUGGGAUAAUAAAACCCCUGACAUCACCAUUCCAGAAGCUUCACAAGACUGUAUAUAUAAGAGGCGGGCUGUAGCUGCAACUGAAGGAGCUGACCAGCCAGCUGAACCCCUACUUUCAUCUAAACCAUCAUGGACAUCGCCAUCCACCACCCCUGGAUCCGACGCCCCUUCUUCCCUUUCCACUCUCCCAGCCGUCUCUUCGAUCAGUUCUUCGGAGAGCACCUGUUGGAAUCGGACCUCUUCCCAACUUCUACUUCCCUGAGCCCCUUCUACCUUCGCCCACCCUCCUUCCUGCGGACCCCAAGCUGGAUUGACACUGGACUCUCAGAGAUGCGUAUGGAAAAGGACAGGUUCUCUGUCAACCUGGAUGUGAAGCACUUUUCUCCAGAGGAACUCAAGGUCAAGGUGCUGGGAGAUGUGAUUGAGGUGCAUGGCAAGCACGAAGAGCGCCAGGAUGAACAUGGCUUUAUCUCCAGGGAGUUCCACAGGAAAUACCGGAUCCCAGCUGACGUGGACCCUCUCACCAUCACUUCAUCCCUGUCUUCUGAUGGAGUCCUCACUGUGAACGGACCAAGGAAACAGGCCUCUGGCCCUGAACGUACCAUUCCCAUCACUCGCGAAGAGAAGCCUGCUGUCACUGCGGCCCCCAAGAAGUAGAUGCCCUUUCUCCAAAUGCAUUUUUUAAAAAGAAGAAAGUUUCCCCACUUGUGAAUGAAAAAUCUCAUGACUAGUGCUGAAGCUUAUUAAUGCUAAGGGCAGGCCCAAAUGAUGAAGCUAAUAAAAUAUCAUUCAGCAACAGAAAGCUUAUUUUUGUGUUUGAAUAUUCACUCCAGGGAUUUUUUGGAGCCAGAAAGUGUUUCCACCACUUCCUAAUGCUAUAAAUUCAAACAACUCAGUCUUUCUAGUCUUUGGGUCAUCCAUUUAUAACUCUGUAUUUAUACAGAGUUGUGAUGUGUAGACUAAGGAACAAAAGUAGUUGGUCCCUGGGAAAGUAUUUCUUCUUUCUUUGCCUGUAGAUAUUUCAAAAUUUGGAGCAAAUCUGAAUAAACUCUAAAUAAACACUGCAUAAAAGGCCUU